GGCAACAUCAGAUAUCGAGCUGAGCGGCGGGCCGGCCACUCAACCGCAAACACCAUACCAUACAUCAUGAGGACAACAUCAUCGCCAAGAGGGGCGAAAUGGCUCACAGCUCUCUUCGCCGCCGCAGCUUGUUUGCUGCCGGCAGCAAAUGCCCAAGGCUACGCUAUCGAUACCACAGAUAACAUCCGUGCCUCCGCAAAGACGCUAGCCUUCGACUUGAUGAAAUUCUACAACGGCAACCAGUCGGGCCAAAUCCCAGGUAUCCUGCCCGGUCCGCCCUCCGAUGGAAAAGGCGACUACUACUGGUGGGAAGGCGGCGCCCUGAUGGGCACCAUGAUUGAUUACUGGCACUUGACCGGCGACACCACCUACAACGAUGUCAUCACCCAGGGUAUUCUUCACCAAGUCGGCGAUAAUCGCGACUUUCAACCCUUGAACUUCACGGCCUCGCUUGGCAACGACGACCAAGGAUUCUGGGGCAUGACCGCCAUGCUUGCCGCCGAAAACAAGUUCCCCAACCCGCCCGCUGACCAGCCCCAGUGGCUUGCCCUUGCUCAGGCCGUCUGGGCCACCCAAGCCGCGCCUGACCGCCACGACGAUACCUGUAACGGUGGUUUGCGAUGGCAGAUUCCUCCUACGAACAACGGCUACGACUACAAGAAUACCAUUGCCAACGCCAUCUUCUUCAACAUGGGCGCCCGUCUCGCCCGCUACACCCGCAACGAAACUUACGCCACCUGGGCCACCAAGCAAUUCCAAUGGAUCUACGACGUCAACUACAUCGACCACGAUUCCUGGAAAGUCUACGAUGGCGGGCACGUCGAGCAUAACUGCACGGACAUCAACAAGGCGCAGUUCAGCUACAGCGCCGCCAUACUCGUCCAGGGCGCCGCCUUCAUGUACAACUACACGGAAGGUGACGCCGCCACGCAAGACAUGUGGAAAACCCGCAUCGAGAAACUCACCGAAGGUCUUUUUCGCGAUUUUUUCCCCAAAGGCAUCGCCUUCGAACUCGCCUGCGAGGGCCGCCAGGGCGCCUGCACGCCCGACAUGGUGAGCUUCAAGGGGUACGUGCACCGCUGGAUGGCCAUGGUGACGCAGAUCGCGCCCUUUACGCGGGACACCAUCCUCCCUGUCCUCAAAACCUCAGCUGAAGCGGCAGCGAAGCAAUGCACGGGCGGAUCCACAGGGCGAGUGUGCGGCUUCUACUGGUCCGGGGGUGUCUUUGUCGAUCCCGCCGUGGACAAGACUACCGGUGCGGGAGAGGCUAUGGAUGUUCUCGCGGCUGUGUCGAGUCUCCUUAUUGAUGAAGCCGACCCGCCAGUGACGAACACGACGGGUGGUACCAGCAAGGGAGAUCCAAACGCGGGAACGGGAAGUAGGCAUGCUACCGAGCCAGCAAAGCCGAUUACUACGGCGGAUAAGGCUGGGGCGGCUAUGUGCACGAUAUUGCUGAUAGCGGGAGGUAUUGCGAUUUGGAUUUUUAUGAACUUGGGGGAUUGAGUUGAUGAUUUCCAUGAAUGAGAGUUUGGAGAAGGGGAUGUAUGUGCAGAUAUGCUCAUGAUUCUGUAUACUCACAUCUUUGGGUUCUUUUGGUAUGAGACCGGGUAAAUAAUGGGCCGGCGUUAUGUACAGGGGGGGCUUCUUCUUCUUCUUCUUCUUCUUCUUCUUGUAUAUGUAGCACGUUUUGAUACCACCAUAUUUCUGGCACUACGCUGUCACGGUUUGAGAUGAGGAUGACUGAAGAGCAACAGCUCUUCCAAUCCCCAAUAAAUAUCGCCGAAUUCAAAGGCCAA